CCUCGCCUACUAAACAUAGUUUCGAUGCUGAUUGGUUCAGGAAAAUGGAAUGCAAACAUAACCAAACAUAACCUUGAACCUUCUCGCUUGUACGGACUGCUAUGUUUGCGACCUAUGUUUUUAUAAACAUUCUAUAAUAAAUCACUAUUUUAUUCGUAUAAUUUGUUGUUAAAUUAAUGAAAACUUGUAUCAGACUGUCGCAGAAGCAUGGAUGACGACGCACGUACUAUUUGGUGUGGUAAUUUAAGCGAGAAAGUUACAGAAGAGAUUCUGUAUGAGUUGUUUUUACAGGGAGGGCCGUUGCAAAGAGUGAACAUUCCGAAGGACCGUGACGGAAAACAGCGAUCGUUCGGUUUCGUAACGUACAAGCAUGUGAGUUCAGUACCAUACGCUUUAGAUUUAUUCAAUGGUACAUUCUUGUACAACCGGGCGAUUAGCGUGAAAUCGAGGAGUAACGGAGAAGCACCACAGUUGCCUCCAGAGCAAAAUCUUCCUCUAAACGAUUUAAUACAGUUGGGAAAUCAAAUGCUUAUCGGUAACUGUAUUCCAAAUUUAUCAAUGGGUGGAAUGGGUUUCGGUAAUUCGUACCCGCCACAGCUUAUGCAUCCAAGUCAAUUCCUCGGUGCUUCUUUUCCCAAUAACUAUAAUGAGUAUAAUGACGACAGAAGACCUCAGAGAUCGCAUCCUUAUCACCGAGAACACGAUAAUAGAGGUAGACAUGAUAAUCGGUAUAAUAACGAUCAUGGUCGCGAUAACAGAAGAGACCACGUCUCUUCUCAUAGAGACAAACACAGAGAAGGCUCUCAUAGGUCUAAUCGAAAUGAGAGUAGAAGAAAUUAUCGAAAUUGAAUUAUAUUCCUUACCAAAAAUUAUUUUUCUCCAAGUGUUUAUUCCACGUUUUUCUUCCCACGAAUUUCUCAGAAAUAUGAAAUAAUUAAUAUUUUGAACAUUCAAUAAUCAAAUUCAUGUUUAAUUUCUUGUGAAGUGUGAAGAUUUGUAUUUUAUUGUGAUCUGUGAGAGUGCGAUUAUUCAUUUUGAUAAAGAGAAAUUAUUUUUAUAAUCAACCUUCAGAUUCAAGAUUAGGGAAAGUUCAAUAUUGUUUGUUUUCUUUAUUUUUUUCUAGAUUCAAAUCAAGCGUACGAAAGUAGACUUUCCCUGAUCUUUACUUUUCUAAGGCUAUUAUAAAAUAGUUUAAAAGCAUGUUUAAAGGGAAGCUUUAUUAAAAAAUUUCGUUUUAUAAACCAGAAUUCUUCGUAAUUUCCUAAAUAGCAAAUUUAAAUGUAGAUUUUGUAGAGCAAAACUUUAAAAUUUGUUUAAAUUGCCCAUUAUUGUAGCGUUUCCCUUUCGAAUGAACGUUUACGUUGCCAAAAAAUUAAUGUAAAUCACGUGAAGCUGGCACAUUUAUUUAAAUUGCGAUGAUUCGAAAGUGUGUAAUUUAUCAUAAAAUUAAACUUGCUGUGCAAACAGAAGCUGCCAACAAAAUAAAGUUAUUUUUCACUAA